AUGAUAGGAAAAAUAAAGAAGAUCGGUAAUGAUCUUCUGUUCCAUGCUAUUAAUCAUGCAAACGUUCAUGAUGUAAUAGCAUUACUAGAGGAGAACGAGGUUGAUGUCAAUUGCAGUAAUAUUAAUGGUUAAACACCACUCCAUUAUGCAGUUCAAGCCGAGAAUAAGACCUUAAUUGAAAUAUUGCUAUAAUACGGAGCAAAUCCUAACAAGCAAGAAAAUCACGAUGUCGGAUAAAAUUCACCUCUUCACAAGGCAACUGAAAAAAAUAUGAUUGAUGUUGUUGAUAUGUUUAUCAAUUAUGGUGGUGAUCCAACCAUAAAAAAUAAGCUAGGUUUUACAAGUCUGCAUAUCGCUGCAAAGGAUGGUCGAGCAGAAAUAGUUAAAUUACUACUUAAUAAAGGUUGUGAUCCAAAUAUAAGAGAUACAUAUGGUUUUAGUGCAGCUUACUGGGCAAAGUAAAACAAGCAUAAUCAUAUCUGUGAAUUAUUACCAGCCCCUCUAAAAAUUACAAAAGAAGAGUUUUACGAUCAUAUUUAAACUGUAUGGGAUAAGCAUGGAUUCAAACCUCCUAAGAAGAAGGGGAAGAAGGGAGGCAAAAAAGGGGGUAAAAAGAAGAAGUGA